GGCCCUCCCUCACACCUGUAUAAAUCUAUAUACAUUAUCCUAUGCGCAUCGAUCCCGUAGAGCCUGGUUACUCAGUUCUGUGCCCCGGUGAUCGAGAUCGGAGAUGACAGUGAAGCCGGCGAGUGAGUCUCAGGACCGAGUCUCCGGUUCAGAUUUCGAGAAAUCGAAGGAGAUUUCGCCGCCCGACUUGUACAUGGCAGCAGGAGGAGAGAGCGUUGACGUUUCGGAGCCGGAGGUGGGGGUGGAUCAUCGGAGUUUCUCUGUCUCGGAGAAAGUGAAGAUGUGGGCGGAGGUGGAGACGGAUCAAGAGAGCUGGGGGUCGUCGGAGGAGACGGAGUCGCCGAAGUCGGUGGCGAAGGUGAGGCAAUGGCGGAAGAAGAUCGCGAACGUACACAGCCAGGUGCUGAGGAUCAGGGAGGAGGACUCGCAUCUCGGCGAGGAUAUUGGGGAGGGCUUGAGCACGAAGGAUCACAAGGUUAUGGGAUGCGCUCAUCAUCAUCUUCAUCUUCAUCAUCAUCAGGUGGCCCCGCACAUGGAUCUCAUGCUCUUCUCGAGACCGAUCUUGCCUUCUUCGCCUCUCAGCGGCAAGACUCCCGUCAAGGCUUUACACUGAUGAUCGCAGCUCCUGAACUCGAUCUUCAAGGAAUACUGGACGAGAUGGAAUCAAUUUCAGUCAAAAAGAGCUGAGGUGGAUCGUCGCUUUGCUGUUGCUUUUGCCUUUCUUAGGACCGAUCACAUUAGGAAUUUAGAGAGAGAGAGAGAGAGAGAGUGUGUUUCUUUGUAACCACUGCUGUACAGUGAUGAGUAGCGAACUACAUCUUGAACCGAUGGAGAAAGAAGAUGUCAUAUUGUGAUGAUAGAUUAAUUGAGUUACGUGAUGGCACUAA